AUGGUAAAAGCCUACUUAAGAUAUGUGCAAGAUGAUGUGCUUAAUUGCCUUGUGGGAAAGCAUGCUCCCAUUAUCCACACCACUUACAAAGACAGCAAUUUAAUCAUUGCAGCAUGAAAUGAAGUUAUUAACAUUAUUGAUGUUAAUACAGCCCAGGUUAUUAAGAAGUUCUAUGACGACCAGUUUGGGUAUGUUACAUCCAUGUCUCUUUAUGACAACUUCACCAACCUCAGAGGAAGGCUCCUAGCAGUUGGAUUUUCAACAGGGCAUGUUCUUGUCUAUGAUUUUGACCAUUUAAUGCAAGAAAACUCAGGAACUCAGAAUGUCGAGUUUUUGCAUAAAUUUAAUUUGCAUAAAAAUAGUGUAGCAUCUUUAGCUUUUGAUAAGACUGGAUCAAUGCUAGCGAGUGGAGGCUUCGAUACCUAUAUUAUCAUCUAUGACAUCGUUGAUGGAGCUUCACUCUACAAGUUAUUGGGGCAUAAGGACAUAGUUACUCAGCUACAGUUCAAUUCUUUCUCAUAUUUGAAGUCUGACAAGAGUAUUGACCAGGAAGAAAGAAUUAUUCAAUCUAAGAAAUCCAGGAGGCAUACUGAUAUGCUUAUCUCAUCCUCUAAAGAUGCAUCCAUCAAGGUCUGGGAUUUAGAGUCCCAAUUCUGUGCUCAAAGUAUUAUGGACACGAAUUUGAAGAUUAAUUGCUUCUCAAUUAUUGCUAACCUGUUGAUCACAGGUUCUGAAGACGAGAAUUUAAGAGUGUACAAGUGUGGAAUAAAGCAAGAAGUGGACCAGAAUGGGCACUCCUAUCUCAGUUAUGCUGAAUUUAUCGGUCAAAUUGCUAAGAAUUCAGGGGAGAAGACUGUUGAGAUAUCGCUGUCACCUGAUAAUAAAUUCAUCUUGGUGACUUCAGCCCAUGGUCAAUUAGAUGUCCUAAAGAUGAACACAGAGAAAGAUAUUUAUAAAAAGCUGCUUAGAGCUGAGAAGAGAAUGGCAAGGAAGAGAACUCAUUCAGAAAUGGAAGAAAAGGACGCAGAGGAAUCGAAAGCUGUUAUAAAAGUUAAAGUUGAUAAGGAAAAAAUAAAAGAAAGAGUAGUUGAUGGAGAUUUUGAAGUCAAAUAUUUGUUCAGCAAUUCACACUCAUUAGAGAUCCCCACUUGCAAAGUAAGAAGUACCCAAGUAUUUCCUCAUAAGAAGAGCUAUAUGAUUAUAUCUUCUUUGCAUUCAAAUGAUUUGCUUGCUUACUCUUUAAAUAUUGAUGCUGAAACUGGUACUGUCAGUAGCAAGAAAUUAUUUAACAUUGGGCAGAAUUGUCAUAGGGGUCCUUUGAGAUGUGUCACUAUGUCUGACAAUGAUUCUGUAUUCGCCACUUCCUCUAUGGAUUCUGUUAAAGUUUGGAAUGUUGAAGAUAAGGUCUGCACAAAAUCAAUCGAUUGUCCUAAUGUAGUAUCGAUGGUCCUUCUCCCACCGAACAAGCACCUUUUGCUUGGAACAAAGACUGGAGACUUAUUGCUAUACACGAUUGCAUCAAACGAAUGCAUCCAGACUAUUUCUGCUCAUAAAGCUGAAAUUUGGGGCCUAGAUGUGACCAUGAACCCUGCAAUUAUGGAUUCAGACAUUCUGAUCGUUUCUGCAAGUGCUGAUAAGACUAUCAAGUUGUGGAAUUUAGAUAUUGUGGAGGAUGAAGAAACAAAAAGUAACCAAUUGCAAUUAUCUAUGGUUGAAGAAAUAGAGUCAACUGACGAAGUUAUGGGAGUCAAAUUCUCCCCAGAUGGAAAGUUCAUCUGAUUUUCCUUACUCGACUCUACAAUUAAGAUAAUUUAUGUUGAUUCCAAGAAGCUUUAUUUAUCACUAUAUGGCCACAAUCUGCCAGUUUUAUCAUUUGAUAUUUCAAGUGACAGCAAUUUGUUAGUUUCUGCAUCUGCUGAUAAAAACAUAAGGCUAUGGGGAAUGGACUUUGGAGAUUGUCACAAGUCAAUCUUCUGCCAUGAUGACUCAAUUACAACAGUAAAAUUCGUGAGAGACACGCAUUAUUUCUUCACUGGGUCAAAGGAUAAUACUGUGAAGUACUACGAUGGAGAUACUUACGAUGAAAUUCAAAUCUUUGAACAAAACUUUGGAUAUGUUUGGGGACUCGAAGUAUCCUAUAUUGGAGACCAAGUUAUUUCAAUCUCUGCUGAUUCAUCAAUUAGAGUUUAUAGACAAACCAAACAACAACUUUUCCUCGAUGAAGAGAGAGAAAAGAGGUUAGAGAGACUUAUGCUUGAAGAAGGAGAUAUUCAGAUGAUGACUCUCAAGCCUCCCGCUUUAGAUCAAUUUGCAAAGGAUAAGGUUAUGAAGAUUGAAUCUGAGCAAGCCUUAAAAGGUUCAAUUGAGUCUAUUAAGUAUGGAGAGGAUUUAAUGGAAGCUAUUAAUCAAUCUGAAAACUUUAGGCAAAGCUGUAUCGCAUACAAAUCAGAACUUGACAGAUACCAUGAGACUAUUAAGAAGAAUAAAUCUUUAGCAAAAUCAAUAGAGAAGCCGAUCAAGCCUAAGCCUGACUAUAUCUUUGAAGGUAAGAACAUCUUUGAGCAUGUUCUUACUCAUGUGAAAAAAAUAAGAAGAUCUGAGCUUGAGAACUCAUUAAAAUUCUUAAAUUUUACAAUCAUUAAGAAGAUGAUGUACUACAUUGAGUACUACAUUAGAAAUGGAGUAGAAGUAGAACUUAUCACUAAAGUUCUCAUCUUUUUCAUUCUUGGGUAUAAAGCUCAGAUUUAUGGAUGUGAGGAACUUAAACUGCUCAUGACUUCGAUAUACUAUCACUUGAGCAGAAACCUAAAGAUGUUUAAAGAGAGAAUUGGAAUAAAUCAAAGCGCAGUCAAAAAUGCCAUCCAUUUGAUCAACAAAGGAAUGUUAUCUUUUGAUGAAACAGAUAUUAAUGAUACACUAGAUAGACAGCCUCUUGCUGAAAGUGCAGCCCUUUAAAAUGCUAACCAAUAAUU